AUGCCACCAGCACCAGCAACUGCUUCGAAAGGAGCCAAGAAGGCUUCCAAGGCCAAGACCUCUCGCCCUGCCGGGGACAAGAAACGUAAGAAGAAGAGGAAGGAAAGUUAUUCCAUCUACAUCUACAAAGUGAUGAAGCAAGUCCACCCGGACACUGGCAUCUCCAGCAAAGCUAUGUCCAUCAUGAACAGUUUUGUCAACGAUCUGUUCGAAAGAAUAGCUUCUGAAUCCAGCCGCUUGGCUCACUACAACAAACGUUCGACCAUCAGUAGCCGUGAGGUGCAGACUGCUGUCCGUCUUCUCCUUCCUGGUGAGUUGGCCAAACACGCCGUCUCUGAGGGUACCAAGGCCGUCACCAAAUACACUAGCAGCAAAUAAACCUGCUUCGUUUCUCUUCAUCGAGGAAUAACGGUCCUUUUCAGGGCCACCCACAUUCUCAUGAAAGUUGAUUCAGAUUUUCUGCCGAUUUGCGAUCCAUGUUUUUGGGGUUAAUUUCUUUAGGCUUUGCGCAGGAGACAACAGUCAUAGAAUGGAUUGGGGGUGGAAACAAUUUGUGUACAUCGAAGCACAGGUAUUUGUAUACUCACUCGAAUAUAUAAACAUGUUUGCAAGUUU